AUGGAUCGUAAUGAUAAGUCAUUGAUGCACUUUGAUGAACCAUAUACUCCUGAAUUUAUAGUUCUACAGUUGCUGAAACAGAGAAGAGUUUUGUAUUCGAAAUUGAAGAUAGUGAAAGAGGAUUCUUUAGAGAAACAGGAACUGAUAAAAAAGAUAGAUGAGACAAACAAUCAACUUCAAUUUAAAGGAGUGGAAUAUAAAAACGGAUGGCCUGUUCUACGCGGCGUUGAUGCAUCAAGUAGAAUGCUGGCCUGA